UGUGUGGUACGCAUUGCACGUGUGAUUAAAUAUCCGUUAUCAGCGUUACGGUUUUGCUACAAAUUUGUGGCUAUAAUUUGCACAAAAUUCGUAAUAAUGUUGUCUGUUGGUAGAAUAACAUCAGGCUGCUUACGCAGCGGCUCGAACUGCCUGAGAUCGUUCAGUCAGCAAGGUCAAAUUUCAAGUUUAUCAAGAACGGGUGCAUGGAGCAUCGUCAACACAGACAACACACAGUCGAGGCGCUUAUACUCCUCCGAUGGCGUCAAAGGCAGCGUUAUCGGCAUCGAUCUCGGCACCACAAACUCCUGUGUAGCCAUCAUGGAAGGAAAAACAGCCAAGGUCCUUGAGAACGCUGAGGGCGCCAGAACGACACCGUCCGUAGUCGCAUUCACAGCUGAUGGGGAACGGUUGGUCGGCAUGCCCGCCAAACGACAAGCAGUAACAAAUUCCAAAAACACAUUAUAUGCAACGAAACGACUGAUCGGCAGAAAGUUCACCGAUCCUGAAACACAGAAAGACAUUAAGACUGUCUCGUUUGAUAUAACAAAGGCCAGCAACGGUGAUGCAUGGCUCAAGGCACAUGACAAAGUAUACUCACCGAGUCAAAUCGGAGCGUUCGUCCUGAUCAAGAUGAAGGAAACGGCAGAAAACUAUCUUGGUACUCCAGCAAAGAAUGCCGUCAUUACGGUUCCAGCAUACUUUAACGAUUCACAGAGACAGGCAACUAAAGAUGCUGGCCAGAUUGCAGGACUUAACGUUCUGAGAGUGAUUAACGAACCUACUGCUGCUGCUCUUGCAUACGGCAUGGACAAGACAGACGACAAAAUCAUUGCUGUGUACGAUCUCGGAGGUGGCACCUUUGACAUCUCAGUUCUGGAGAUCCAGAAGGGAGUCUUUGAAGUCAAGUCCACAAACGGUGAUACAUUCCUCGGUGGUGAAGACUUCGACAACGAACUCCUCAAGUUCCUCGUAAAAGAAUUCCAGAAAGAGCAAGGGAUUGACAUCACAAAGGACAACAUGGCAUUACAGAGACUCCGAGAGGCCGCUGAGAAAGCCAAGAUUGAACUCUCGUCAUCUCUCCAGACCGACAUCAACCUACCGUACUUGACGAUGGACGCCUCCGGACCAAAACACAUGAACAUGAAGCUGUCGAGAGCAAAGUUUGAAUCCAUCGUAGAAACCUUGAUCAAGAGAACCAUCGGACCUUGUAAGAAGGCCAUCCAAGAUGCAGAGGUUGCUAGCUCAGACAUCAAGGAGGUCUUGCUGGUCGGUGGGAUGACCCGCAUGCCUAAGGUUCAAGACACAGUCAAGGAUCUUUUCGGCCGCACCCCAAGCAAGUCUGUCAACCCAGAUGAGGCAGUAGCCAUGGGUGCUGCUAUCCAGGGAGGUGUCCUCGCUGGUGAUGUCACAGACGUCCUCCUCCUCGACGUCACUCCUCUGUCCCUCGGUAUCGAGACACUCGGCGGAGUCUUUACUAAACUUAUCAACAGAAAUACCACCAUCCCAACCAAGAAGGGACAGGUGUUUUCCACAGCUGCUGAUGGCCAGACGCAGGUAGAGAUCAAAGUGUGCCAAGGUGAACGUGAGAUGGCAGUCGACAACAAGGUUCUCGGGCAAUUCCAGCUGGUUGGAAUUCCCCCAGCACCACGUGGAGUUCCCCAGAUUGAGGUUGCCUUUGACAUUGAUGCCAACGGUAUCGUCAACGUAUCGGCAAGAGACAAGGGAACCGGCAAAGAACAACAGAUCGUUAUUCAGUCGUCUGGCGGACUCAGUAAGGAUGAGAUCGAAAACAUGGUGCUGAACGCUGAGAAAUACGCUGAGGAGGAUCGCAAGAAAAAGGAUGCUGUGGAGGCUGUCAAUCAAGCCGAGAACAUCGUACACGACACAGAAAGCAAGAUGGAAGAAUUCAAGGACCAACUCCCUGCCGAUGAGUGUGAGAAACUGAAGGAAGAGAUCACCAAGGUGAAAGAGAUUCUGGCCAAGAAAGAUACCGAGUCGGCUGAGGACAUCAAGCAAGCUGCAUCCACCCUCCAGCAGGCAUCACUCAAGCUCUUUGAGAUUGCUUACAAGAAGAUGGCAUCAGAGAGAGACCAAAGCAGUGGGGGUGGAAGCAGUGACAGCAGCAGCGGCGACGGCACCAGCAGCGGCGACAGCACUGGCAGCAGCGACAGCACCAGCAGCAGCGGUCCCGAGGAAACGACGGAGCAAAAGAAAGAGAACUAGACACCUCGUUAAUUAAUCAUUGCCAUUUGAGACUGUUUAUUAAAUUAUGACGUAGAGGAGAUCAAAGUGGAGAGGACCCUUUUGAUUGACUGCCAGGGGCGGUAGAUCCUCUGCUGGUGUUCCCCGGAGGUGUACAUGUAUAAAGUUUUCAGAGGUGUGGGAAGGUGCAUCUCAUUCCCUGCAGCCGAUUUUACGAAACGCUUCAAUUAAUCCUAUCUCGAGUUGGAACGAGUAACUCAUCCUAACUUAGGAU